CGGUUACGGUCAGCCGCGGGGCAUUGUGGCUUGGCGGCGUUAACUGCGGGACGAAGUGGCUGAAGCGACUGUUGACGGGGACCUGCGAGUCCCGUCGCCUCUAACGGCGAGUGCUUCCGACAGUAGCGGCUGUGGCUAGUGCCUUCGGCCCUGCUAUGUCCUUCAACAAGAUCCCACCGCGGUGGCUGAACUGCCCGAGGCGCGGACAGCCCGUGGCAGGAACAUUUUUACCUCUGAAGACAAUGCUAGGACCAAAAUAUGAUGAUCGAGUUCCUGAAGAGUGUCGUUUCUAUCCCUGUAUGUUAUCCAACUAUUUAAAGAGUCUCAAGGUUAAGAUGGGUCUGCUAAUAGACUUGACCAACACCACUAGGUUCUAUGACAGGAGUGACAUAGAAAAGGAAGGCAUUGCAUAUGUAAAGCUUCAAUGUAAAGGGCAUGGAGAGUGUCCCACAUCUGAGAACACAGAAACAUUCAUUCGUAUAUGUGAACAUUUUCAUAAUAAGAACCCAACAGAGCUUAUAGGUGUUCAUUGUACACAUGGUUUCAAUCGCACUGGUUUUCUUAUCUGUGCCUUUCUGGUUGAAAAGUUGGAUUGGAGUAUUGAAGCUUCUGUGGCUACUUUUGCUCAAGCCAGACCACCUGGUAUCUACAAAGGUGAUUAUUUGAAAGAACUCUUCCGUCGUUAUGGUGAUGCAGCUGAUGCACCAGCACCACCUCCUUUACCAGAAUGGUGCUUCGAGGAAGAUGAUGAAGAGGAGGAGGAAGAUAACGGCAAACUUGGGACUCCAGAAUCAGAAGCUUGCUCGUCAACUUCCUUUUCUGGCAGAAGAAGAAAAGAACACUUGAAACUGGGUGCAGUGUUUUUGGAAGGAAUAUCAGUUAAACGUGUUAUUCAGGUAACAACUCAACCAAAGCUGGGAGAAAUCCAACUUAAAUGUCAACAGUUUUGUGGCUGGAAAGGGACUGGAUUCCCUGGAGCGCAACCUGUUUCCAUGGAUGAACAGAAUAUUAAAUUGUUAGAGCAGAAGCCAUAUAAAGUAAGUUGGAAAGCAGAUGGAACUCGGUAUAUGAUGUUAAUCAAUGGCAAGAAUGAAGUUUAUAUGAUUGACAGAGAUAACUCUGUGUUUCAUGUGUCCAAUCUGGAGUUUCCGUUUCGUAAAGAUCCACGUGUGCAUUUAGAAAAUACUCUUUUGGAUGGGGAAAUGAUAAUUGACAAGGUAAAUGGUCAAGUUGUUCCUCGAUACUUGAUAUAUGACAUAAUAAAAUUCAGUGGACAACCAGUUGGAGACUGUGAUUUUAAUAUUCGUCUGUCAUGUAUAGAAAAAGAGAUUAUAUUCCCACGUCAUGGUAAAAUGAAGAACGGUCAAAUUGACAAAGCACAAGAACCUUUUAGUGUUCGUAACAAACCAUUUUUUGACAUCCACAUUGCAAAAAAGCUUCUUGAGGGAAAUUUUGCAAGAGAAGUCUCUCAUGAAGUGGAUGGACUAAUUUUCCAGCCUAUAGGAAAAUACAAACCUGGACGAUGCGAUGACAUUUUGAAAUGGAAGCCACCCAGUCUAAAUUCAGUGGAUUUUCGUCUAAAAAUAGCAAGAGUUGUUGGAGAAGGGCUUCUCCCACGGAAUGUCGGACUGCUUUAUGUUGGAAGUUUAGAUAGACCUUUUGCAGAAAUUAAGGUAACAAAAGACUUGAAACAAUAUGAUAAUAAGAUAAUAGAAUGCAAGUUUGAAAACAACAGCUGGGUCUUCAUGAGACAAAGGAUAGACAAAAGUUUUCCCAACGCUUACAGUACAGCAAUGGCUGUAUGCAACAGUAUACAACACCCAGUGACAAAGGAAUUCCUUUUUGAAUUCAUUGAAAAAUGUAUGGCUGUGACUCCAGGACAACCACGUAAACAUCACCUAGAUCCUGACACUGAACUCAUGCCGCCGCCACCACCUAAAAGACCACGGCUAUCAUAGCCUAUCUCUUCAGACCAAGACAAUAGCAGAAUUGUUUAUGAUUCUACAAAAUGAUGUGUAUGGAUUUAAAACAUUUACAAAAAGGUGAUAUAAAUAUCCUGUAAAUACUUAAGUGCAUUUUUUUUGGAAUGCCACAUCAUGAACUAAGAUUUGUUUUCUACUUGACAAGUUGAACAUUGUUUCUAAAUUCAAAAAAUAUUUAAUCCAAAGGGUUAGAUUAAAAAGGUGUGAAAUCAGUGGAAAGCCAUUGUUUGGUAGGUAACUUUCAAAUUUGAUGUUUUAUACCAGCAAUCUGGAACUGUGAAGCCAUGAUAAAAAUGUCCCCCCUCUCUCUUUUUUUUUUAAAGUGGUGUUUCAGUGAGUGUGUGGUGUUAUCUUUACUUAUUAUUGUUUUGUUUCAUUUAGUUUAGUUCUUUCUUAGGUCAUUGUUUUAAAAAUAACAGCAAAUGGUAAUCUAAUGUUCUCAUUAAAUAAAAGUUUACCAGGUUUCA